CGACUAAACAGACAUAAUUGUUUUUAUUUGUUUAAGAAAUAGGAGUCUCUCGAAGAGGACUGUCUGCAAUUCCCUUUGUAGGAGGGGCUACAGAACUAUAUAAUCUCAAGACAGCUGCUGAGAGCUUAGAGCGAGUUAUACUGUGUACAAGACAGUAGGAAACCAGUGGAAGCAUGUCUGGGAAGCCCAAGCUGCACUACUUCAAUGGACGGGGCCGAAUGGAAUCAAUACGGUGGCUACUAGCAGCAGCUGGGGUUGAGUUUGAAGAAUGUUUUCUGGAAACAAAGGAUGAUCUGACAAAGUUACAGAAGGAUGGAUCCCUGCUGUUUCAGCAAGUGCCAAUGGUGGAGAUUGAUGGAAUGAAGAUGGUGCAGUCAAGAGCCAUUGGCAACUACAUAGCAGCAAAGUACAACCUCUAUGGGAAGGACCUGAAGGAGAGAGCCCUAAUUGAUAUGUACGUGGAAGCAAUAAUAGAUUUGAAUGAGUUACUGAUGACACAUACUUUACAACCAGAGGAUAAAAAGCAACAACAUCUUGCUAAUCUUGUGGACAAGGCCUCAAACAGAUACUUCCCAGUCUUCGAGAAGGUUUUGAAAGACCAUGGACAGGACUUUCUUGUGGGCAAUCAGCUUAGCAAGGCAGAUGUGCAGUUACUUGAAAGCCUUUUAAUGGCAGAAGAGUGCAAGCCUGAUAUCCUUGCCAAGUUCCCUCUCUUGCAGAGUUUUAAAGCAAGAAUAAGCAAUAUCCCCACAAUACAGAAAUUCCUGCAGCCUGGCAGCCAGAGGAAACCACCACUACAAGAGAAAGAUUUACCAAGAGUGAUGAAAAUUUUCUACUGAGUGGCAACCUUAGCCCACAGAAACUCUUAUUUCAUAGUCUUUGUGUUUGCUGAUGGAAUUAAUGGUGAAAAUAAUGAAAAAGGUGAACUGGGUUUUGAUCUUUCUUUUCUUAACUACAGGACUGUUUUUAGACCUCUGAAAAUACUUCCAAAUUAAAUCUACACAAGCAUA